AUGUCCUUUCCCAGUAGCUCUCCUGCGGCAAACACAUUUUUAGUGGACUCCUUAAUUGGUGCUUGCAGGUCGGACAGCUUUUACUCCAGCAGCAACAUGUACAUGCCGUCUGGCUCAGAAAUGGGAACUUACGGAAUGCAAACCUGUGGACUCCUGCCGUCUUUCGGCAAAAGAGGGGAGGUCAACCAUCAAAAUAUGGGCAUGAAUGUCCACUCUUACAUACCUCAAAUAGAUAACUGGACUGAUCCGAAUAGACUCUGCAGAAUAGAGCCGUCCAGUCAGAUGACAAACUGUACAUUUUCACAGAGCAUAAAGGAAGAGAGUAACUGCUGCAUGUACUCGGAAAAGAGAGCACAAAAAGUCAGCUCGACAGAGGUCCCUGCAUAUUCUAACGUUAUUUCCGAGUCUUGUCCUGUCGAUGGUCCCGAGAUCCCGGUCCCGGGCUAUUUCAGACUGAGCCAAACUUAUGCGAAUGGGAAACAUCAAGAACACUACUGCCAUGCGCCACCGAGUCCAAACCCAACACUGGUGCAGCUCAGCCGGGUCACCCCAAAACCGCAGUCAUCCUCGGUGUCUUCAAAUUUUGCAGAGGAGAAAAAGAAAAGUGAAGGCGUCCCGCAAAACCCCGAGACAUCAAGGACACCGGUCCCCGCAGAAAGCCCUGAUCCAAGGUCCAGCUCCGGGGAGAAAACCUGCUCCAUGGAAGCUUCGGUGUCCAGCCCUGAGCUGCUACCGAAGGAAGGGAAAGACUGCAUAAGCGACACAGCGACAAGCAACUGGUUAACUGCAAAAAGUGGGAGAAAGAAAAGAUGUCCCUACACAAAGCACCAGACCUUGGAGUUGGAGAAGGAGUUUCUCUUCAAUAUGUAUCUGACCCGAGAGCGCCGCCUAGAGAUCAGCAGGGGCGUCAACCUGAGCGACAGGCAGGUCAAGAUCUGGUUUCAGAACCGCAGGAUGAAACUGAAGAAAAUGAACAGAGAGAACCGCAUCCGUGAACUGACCUCAAAUCUCACCUUUUCGUGAGCGUGCAUGUAUCUGUGGUUAGCUGUCUGUUAAUUUCUCUCAUAUUCAGUUUGAUGCUUUAGUUGCAUUGGACGUUUAUCUUCAAUUUCAACGAAACUGUGACUCUAUAUAUAUAUACAUAGG